GAAACAAAAGGGUCCUGUAGAGUAGAUCUGCUUCACUGUAUCAGUGUAUUUUGCUGCUGUGUGUCGUUUGAUGCGAUCCAGUACGUAAGAUAUGCAAGAUGCGUCCAUGUUGUCUUCUACCUUCUCGUCGCAAAGGUCAUCCCAAACGCGACUGCCGCAUUCAGAGCGAAUGAAGGGACACGGGCUGGGUCCUAAACGAUAGUGACGAUGUCUGGCACUUCGGUGAAGCUGAAGCCACCUAUCGUGGUCGACACGGGUACAGGAGGCGUCAAGGCCGGUGUUGCUGGAGAUAAAUUUCCGACGUUGUACUUGCCGAAUUGCGUUGCUCGACCGGUUGCGCGAGUGGAUGCAGCCUUUAGCGGGGGUUUCGGAGGUGCUGCACUGACCGGGUCUAGCGCUUCUUCCUCGUCUUCAGGGUGCCCACCACAUAAGAGCUUUGGGCGCCUGGAGGCUCUACGCAAUUGCCCGUGGAUCAAUCACGCGCUUUGCGACUCCAUAAUCGCAAAAUGGAGGCCUGCACCUAUCGUCGAUAGUGAGCGAAAUCCGCAUCAUGGUGACCACGCUGGCACCGUCGGGAAAAAUGCGGCGUACGCCUCUACGUCGUUUAAACGACAGAGAACAUCUACGCACGGAGAACUUCGGAUGGGGGACGAUCGAAACGAAGGCGAUCCGCCUCCUUCGACCUCCAUGAAGAUGGGAGGCCAAGAUGGUUUAGAUGCCGAGAUGCGAGAACACAAUACUGGUGGGGCGUCUGCAGGUGGAGGAUUUUCCGAGAAUGGUUUAGAUUCUGCUGCUCCUGUAGAGGAGGAACCCAUGGCUCCUUGUAGCAACGUGAAUAACCCGAAUGACCCGAGCAGCAUCCACAUUGGGCCACAUGUGUGGCGCUAUUUUCAACGCGGAGACUGGGAAUUUUCGUGUCCUAUGCGUGAAGGUCAAGUAGAAAACUGGGAAGACAUGGAGGCAGUAUGGGAUUACAUUUUUCACGAAAUGGCAAUCGAUCCAGCGGAGCAUACCACAGUCCAGACAGAACCCGUCCUAACUCCCAUGAAGAAUCGCGAGAUUCUCACUGAAAUGAUGUUCGAGCGAUAUGGCUUCAAAGCGCUCCACGUCGGGGUUCAGGGCGUACUCAGUCUUUACGCAGAAGGCCUGCGCACAGGUACUUCCAUAUCACAAGCAGCACUUUCUGAAAGAAGUUGAAAUAAUUUAAGCAGUCUGUGAAGGUGUAUCUAUGUAUCACAGAGUAGUUUAUAGCACGCAUGGUGCACUGAGUGCAUGGAGAAGCAUGGAGUGCAUGGAGCGCAGAUCCAUAAGGGACGCAAGAAGCGCUCCCUUUAGCUCCAUGCAACUCCAUGCGAUCCAUGCACUCCAUGCCAUGCGAGCUGGCAAACCUUACCAAUUGCUCUGGUAUAAGAAAUGAAGCUUUUUCAUCUGUCUUCGCUAUCUCGUGGUCAUUGUGCAAGGGCAACCUACAUUUCGACGCUGACUGCGUUUUUCGCUUGCCAAAGGAUUUUACUCAAUGAAACUGAAUUGUCAUUAUGAACUAGGUCUAGUUGUUGAUAGCGGCGACGGGUGCACGCACAUCGUGCCUGUCUACCAGGGUUUCGUUCAGCCAGCUCACGUCGAGCGUAUGAACAUCGCCGGGCGUCAUGUGACGAAGCAGCUGCAUACCCUUCUUUCCCGUAGCAACGUCGCCAUGAAUAGCUAUGGUGGUGGCGCAACCAUAUCACAGGCGGCCGUCGCGGAGGUAAAAGAAUCGGCCUGCUACGUCGCUUUCGAUUUUGAGGCAGAACGUCGGCUGCACGCUACGACAAGUUGCAUCGAAAAAGUAGUGUCGGUUCUUGACCAUCGAUGCUCUGCACAAAUGCGAAGGCUUCGAAUCGGCGAAGAACGCUUUCUCGCUCCGGAGAUCAUGUGGAAUCCAACGAUGUUUCAGGUACAACCGUUUCUAACUGAUAUUUUCAGUUGGAUCCAGAUAACACGACCAGUGUAUCCACCACGCUUCCGCUUUUUCGUCGGGAAUCUCGUUCACUCUUUUCCUCGUUUACUCUCAUCACAGGAAAUGAGUUUCGACUUCGGGCAUCAAAAUGCAGGGUUAGGGCAAUUCGUGUACGAAACAGUGAUGAAGACCGACAUCGACCUACGUCGAGCUUUCUUUGGGUCUAUCCUGCUUUCUGGCGGAAACACACUCUUUCCGGGUUUCAAGUCAAGACUCGAGCGCGAGCUCGUGAAGUUGUACUCAGCGUCCGUGAACCCGCAUUUGGCAACAAACCCAAUGACUUUCCGUGUCGAAGACCCACCACGGCGAAAAUUCAUGGUUUUUCUCGGCGCCAGUUAUUUCGCUGAAACAUCGUACCAGGACUGCGACUACAGUCGCUUUUUGACACAGGCUGAGUACGAGGAGAUCGGAGCACAUGCAAUACACAGUUACUGUAUGCCGAAGUACUAAUAGAAGCCUGUGAAAGAAGAUGUAGUUAAUAUUGGGGUAAGCGAUGUCGUGGGACCCUCUAAACUCCAUAUUGAACCCACUACCUACUCCGCUCAUUAUCCACAUGCAGCCACCCUGUCUUGGCACUCUCUACAUGCAGUCCUCUGUCCUCCUGGCACUUUGCGUACAUAUGUACCUCACGAUCGAGCAACUCCACAAGCACUAUUGGGCUAAAACUCUGCAUAAUAGACGGAGGUAGACACCGCUCUUCCAAAGCCAGAUCAUAUUGCAAAAGGACGCGAGUAUGAUCGCCGAUUGCUUGUUCGCGACAGCACCUCAGGAUGAGGCUGAACGC